UGAAAAAACUUCAUCCUCAUAAGAUACAUUUUUCAGUUUUUGCCCAUUAGAUUAAAUAUGAAGUCUCCAUACAUACUAAUUACUCUUUACUUUAUCGCUGCUUUCAAACUCUUCUUGGCAAAAGGAAAGAUCUUUAUGGUCUUAAUGGAACAUGAUUCCUUUGUAUCCACCAAAAUCAAGAGUACUUCUAGAAAUGUGUCAAUCCACAAGGAAAAGGCGAUGGAGCAACACGAUAUCUUGCUGGGCUCUCUUCUGAAAAGAAGUGAUUACACCAAACUAUAUAGCUACACUCAUUUACUAAAUGGAUUUGCAAUUCAUGUGAAAUCAGAUGAGGCGUUUCAUAUUUUGCGCAAAGCAGAGGGAGUUAGAGCCGUAUAUGAAGAUGUUAAAAUGCAGAAGUUGACAACACACACACCAGAGUUUUUGGGAAUUCCCAAUGGAGUUUGGCCCAAACUCGGUGGGCCCAGGAUCUCAGGCGAAGGAGUCGUCAUAGGUAUGAUCGAUACCGGAAUUAAUCCAAUGCAUCCUAGCUUCACAACUCCAGAAAACAUUGGUAGACCUCUAAUGACGUCUAGAAAAUUCACCGGAAAAUGUACCACUGGCGACGGCUUCCCAGCAACGGCUUGCAAUAAUAAAAUUGUCGGGGCCCAAUAUUUCGCGCGAGCUGCCAUUGCUGCUGGAGACUUUAAUGUCUCGCGUCAUUAUGCUUCUCCUUAUGAUGCUGAUGGUCAUGGAAGCCAUACUGCUUCAACAGCAGCUGGAAAUCACCGCAUUCCGGUCAUGGCAAACAGAUUCACAUAUGGUUAUGCAAGUGGGAUGGCUCCAGGCGCAGGGAUUGCUGUGUACAAAGCUCUAUAUUCUUUUGGAGGAUACAUGUCAGAUGUUGUGGCUGCAGUUGACCAGGCAGUAGAAGAUGGAGUUGAUAUUCUUAGUCUAUCAGUGGGGCCAUCAAGUGUUCCACCAGGCCCUUCCGCUUUCCUGAAUGUCUUGGAAACCCAGCUUUUGUUUGCCACGAGGGCUGGCGUUCUGGUGGUUCAAGCCGCCGGAAACGGCGGCCCGUCGGCAAGAUCCAUGCUUUCUUUCAGCCCGUGGAUCACCAGUGUUGCUGCUAGCACUACCGAUCGCAGAUACUCCAAUUCCAUCAUUUUAGGCACCGGACACACCUUCUCUGGUACCGGACUCUCCCCUCCAACAAUAGGAGAAGAGUUCUUUCAACUAGCAGCAGCAGUGGAUGUAUGUGAACGGAACUCAACUGCCGGUCUCUUGACAGUAGAGAGCUGCCAAGAUCCAGGGCAGUUCAUCCCAUCAUUGGUUCGAGGGAAGCUGCUAAUCUGCACCUACACCUACGAUUUCGAGUCUGAGACAGCAAGUAUUGCAGCAGUUGCAGAUACUGUGAGCAAGGCUGGUGCUGCUGGCUUUGUGAUCACCAUGGACCCUGACAUUGCCUCAGAACAGAUUAAGGGUGCCACAUUGACCUUACAAGUCCCCGGGCUUAUUUUAAACAACUUGGAGUCCUCCACGGCUUUACGAGAAUACUACAAUAUGAACACUUUGAGGAGCAGAAAUGGGAGAGCAGUUGCAUUCAGAGCAACAGCAAGGAUCUUAGACGGAAGGAGAGCGAUAUAUACCGGAGCUGGUCCAAUUGUGGCAUCAUAUUCAUCAAGGGGUCCUGAUGUUAAUAACGCACUGCUAGACACAGCUGAUGUUCUUAAACCUAACAUCAUGGCCCCUGGUUCCUCCAUAUGGGCUGCCUGGAGUCCUAACAGUGAGGGAGACAAAUAUAUCAAAGGUCAAAAUUUUGCCUUGGUUUCUGGAACGAGCAUGGCGACCCCUCACAUAGCCGGCAUAGCUGCGCUGAUCAAGCAGAGGCAUCCUAGCUGGAGGCCAUCCGCCAUCACAUCAGCAAUGAUGACAUCCGCUGACGUAACCGACCGAUCGGGCGGCGCCAUUUUAUCCCAACAAGCUUCCCAGCUAGCCCCCGCAACCCCAUUCGACUUCGGAUCCGGAUUUGUGAAUCCCACCCGGGCCCUCAACCCGGGCCUCGUCUUCAACACCCACUUCCAACAGUACAUCCAGUUCUUAUGUGCCGUUCCAGGCGUCGACGAGAAAUCGGUGAGGCGGGCGGUUGGCGUUGGCUGCCCGGAAAACAAAAGGGUGUGGUGCUCAGAUCUGAACACGCCGAGCGUGACGAUCUCUAAUUUGGUUGGAUCUAGAACGGUGAUGAGAAGGGUGACUAAUGUGGGCGGGUCGGACGAGAGGUAUCGGGUCAUAAUGAGAGACCCGGUUGGAGUUAGGGUUUCUGUCAUGCCGCAGAACUUCUUGAUCAGGGGAGAUGCUUCAAGGCAUCUCAUGAUUGUGUUGAAUGCAACCAAGCCUACAAAUGCUUACUCUUUUGGGGAGAUGAUUCUGUUGGGUGAUAGAAACCAUGUCGUUCGGGUUCCUUUUGCCAUUUAUGUAAGCACUUCUUUAUAAUCUUGAUUGAAUUUCAUACAUUUAUCGACAUAUAUUUGUAUCAAUUAAAUAAAUUAAUUACAUAAGAACCAUUGGUAUCAUAUUCGUGUAGUAUAAACAAUGGUAAAAUAGUGAAACUCCAACAGCAUGAUGAGCUCAGAUAGCAGACUAUUAAUCAUGAACUUGUUUCCUGA